AAUGGUCAUAUCUCCAUGAGAGCAGAGUUUUACGGGUGCAUCCUUUCAGACCGAUACCAAGUGUUGGGCCGAGUGGUGCACGUGGAUUUCGUAAAAGAGCAACUAGAAACAAAGAAAAAGGUAAACUUUGGAGACUCCCAGGAACAGACUAAUGGAAUCGAGCUGGCAGUCAUGGCGGAUACCAUUCAUGUGAAGGGAGACAUUAAAAUGCGUGGCACCAAGAAACUGACAAUGUUCAGCCGUAAGCUUUCAUUUGUGAAAGGAAGUAGGCUAGAUCUCAGAGCUCCAGAUCGACCACAAAACUUUAAAAACCUUGAACCUGGCGCUGAUGGAAAGGAUGGCAACCAUGGUGCAAACGGGACCAUAGUGGAGAUAUCAGCCCAUACUGUGGUAGGAUACAUCAACAUCAUAACUAACGGCGGUAAUGGAAACAAAGGCCAAAAUGGCGCGGAUGGGAGGAAAGGGGCUGACAGCAUGGCAAAGGUUUUGGAUAAAACACAGUCAGAUUGUAAUGCGCGAGCUAAGAGGAAUGACAAGGGUAAAGUCACCGGGUGUACAGAAAAUAUCACAGGGACACCAGGUGCCAAAGGAGGAAAUGGAGGAGAUGGGGGAUACGCUGGAAAGUCGGGUAAUGGAGGAAACGCUGGUCGUCAAACAAUCUAUUUAACAAGAUUGCUCGGGAAUAUAGAGCUAAAGACGUGUCGCGGAACAGGAGGACAAGCGACCAAAAAUGGAGUGGGUGGAGAAGGAGGCCAAGGGGGACUCGGAGGUCGUGGAAUCAAAUGCAAAUACAGCCGUAGAUGCAAAAUAGUCGGACUAGCAUGCAAGGCUGAUGGUCAAACUGAGGCUUCUCGAGGACGAACUGGAAAUAAAGGUCGCAACGGGCAAACCCCUGUAAGCGCUGGUUCAAAUGGUAAGGUAGCAGACUCCUUCCUGCAAAAGUUAAAUCUCGAUCGCAGCCAGAAAGAUAAAUAUCCAGUCGUAUUGAUAAAGGUGAUGACAAGAUACGCUGAAGACCUUGUCUGGGUCAACAACACCAGAAAUGCGCAAGCAGUUUUUGAGUUUAUAGCUGAUUUAGCAAUUGGAAGAGAUGACGACCUAAGAAAAUUUGCAAAGCGAAGGCUGGGUUUCCUAAACAAGAAGGGAUUUGAUAGAUUUGGAAACAAUAAACUAUUUGCACCUCUGAUGAAAUGGGAAACGUUUAAAGAACAACUUGUGCAGAUAAAAGAUAAUGCACAAUCAUAUGAAAAUGCCUAUAAUGGGAUACGGGCAUCUGUCGAACGACAGGAAGGUAUUAAGCAAGUGCUGCAAGCCCUUCCCCUACCAGCCAAGAAUCAGGUCCAUAAAGAAAAAGAAAGACUUGUGGAGGCAAGAAGGAUAGCAUUGAGCGAGAAGAGAGCCUAUGGGCAGGCCAUUACUGAAUUGGAAGCAAGCAUGAAAAGCUCACUUGAAGAAAUACUCGUUCAACUUCCAGACGUACAUCAGACAGCACAGUUUAACAAAAUCGACCUGUUUGUUGUUCUGCAAGCUUUAGUAGGAUUUGUCACUGGUACUACAGAGAGAGAUUCAUUAGCAUUACUUGGGACUGCUUUAAAAGUUAUUGGACAUUUUGCUUCAAAGUGCAAAACUGGAUCGCUUCAAGACAAUAAGGACAAACUCGAAAAAUGGCUGAUGUUUGGUAAGGAAUACGCUGCCUUAAACGACUCUAGUGAUCUGGAUUUUGACAAAAUAGAUGUGGGAUCUGUACCGGAAGUCAUGAAGACUAACCUUGAAAUGAACAAGGAAGCACUCACUACGGACCUGGUUUGUAUGAUAGAGGAGAGGUCACUUCCACGAAACCUUGCAAAGUUCAGGGAACAGAUAGAACGAUUUUUCAUGGCUGGGGGAGCGAGGAUUGAUCUCAUAGCCAAGGUUAUUGAUCUGGACAAUGCAGUUGGUGGAUACAACUUCGAUAUCCCUAAUUUAGAGCAAACAUCGAAUGAAAUAGAGAGCUUGCGAAACUCUGGAGACUUAGACUCUCCAAUCGCUGAGAACAUACAACAGAUGUUCCUCGAUGAUUUGCUUACUUCUUAUCAGCAGAUGGAGACAAGUUUUACUCAGAAUCUCUAUCAGUUUUACAAAGGCUUUGAGUUCCGCUCACUUUGGAAAGUUGGUGAUACCUUAGUAGACUUUCAGCGACGAGCAAGCGAAGCUGCUCGGGGGAAUGAACAACUUCGAGGUGUACUGGAACUGACUAAUGCUUUACAAGAAAUCGAUUCUAUUGAAAGUAAAGGGCGAAAAUGCUUCACCAGAUUCAAAUAUUCAACAAAUACACACAAAUGGUCUUUUAACAGUGUUGAACAUGCUACGCUUUUUGAUAAUUUGCACAGAGGCAAAGCGACGUUCACCAUAGAGGUUUCUGACAAUUGCAAGUCAUGCUACAAUGUUCGUCUUUUGAAGAUGUAUGUUGAACUCUAUGGAAAAGAAACUCAAAGAGAAAACAACUUUCCAGCAACUGUUUAUCUAAGACUGCGACAUAUGAGUGCCUCGUUUUUCCGAGAUGGAUAUGGAAAAAUGAGAGAAUUCCGACAACAAAACAUGGACGUUUGGAGAAAGUUUGAAUUUGACCGAUUUGCAAUUACAGAUACCGCCAAGUGCCAAGCAGAGAAGAAGAAGGGCAACAAGGACUCUCUAUUCUGCUUGGAGAGAGACGAUGUUCGCUUUCAAGCAAUGUGCUGCCAUUACCUUAGUGAUUCCCCGUGUCAGGACGUGCUGCUUGGAGCAGAAGAGUGUCAGAGUCCAUUUGGAUCUUACGAGCUGACUAUACCUGUAGAUGAAGACGUGGAUUGUCGACCGGACGGUUCACAGUUAACAAACAAGAAUUGCAAAGACUUUGACAAGAGCGUCUACACAAAUAUGAACGUGUGGACACAUUAUUUAUACUGGUCUGACAGAUACCCAACCGGACCGAAUGAUGAGAAAUGCGCUGGUCACUCAAGAGCCAAAUCUAAAAUCUCGGUGUCUCGGGAAGCCAAUAUAGACGAGUCUGAUCAACACGUUGCUCUUGAACUUUUUGAGGAUCCAAAUGCCCCUCUAAGGGACGCCAGAGGGAUAACCAAUGAGCGGAACCGUCUGUGUUACACGCUUGUGGUUCCAUACAACAUAACACUCGAACUGGGACGUGUUGAGGAUGGAUGUGUUACCUUAACCGAUGGAGACAAAUCUUUCAAUGGGGAUAUCGAAUAUGUCCCCAUGAAAUGGUUUGAAACGCCCUCGGUUGUUUCCUUAAGUCCAGGUAUUACAAAUGUUUAG